UUCGCAUUUGCAAGCUACUCCAUUGGUGUUUUUUACGAAAAGCAAGCGAUCGUUCCUAACAGCGAUGGUGCUCUGGAAAUCAAUCCUUGCGGCAUUAUUACUUGUCUUCGUGCAUGCUGAAGACUAUCGUCCUUAUCGCUACCCUUCACACGCACCAAUAUGGAACUUGGUAAACGGCGCCCCAGGUAAUCAGGGUCAUCCACCAGCCCAGGGUCAACCACCAGCCCAGGGUCACCGCCAUCACCACCAUCGACAACCACCUCCAGCACCUCUCCGUGGAGUGUAUGGUCCCCCACCUCCAGUACCUCCCCGUGGAGUGUAUGGUCCCCCACCUCCAGUACCUCCCCGUGGAGUGUAUCGAGUCCCAGGUCCCCGACCUACCCCGCCUCCUCGACCACAUCGUCGUAACCAAAUUCCACAUUAACCGGGAAACUCACGAUACCGUCAAGAAAUGAAAAACAUGUCUGAGAGUUGUUCUGGCCCAACUGUUGUGCAGUUAAUGUGAAAUUGCAUUAAUAAACACAAUUGAUCUGUCGCUGAC